AUGCGGGACCUCCUCACGCUGCAGCGCUCACGCUCGCUCCGGGACCCCUCCACGCGCCGCUCGGUCGACUCCGCGUCCAACGGAGUCAAUGUCGACCCCAACAGCGACGGCGAUGCCAACCACUCCCUCGGCGGUGGGCUGAAGGCCCCCCUCGGCCGCGCGUUGUUAUCCACGGGCGCCCACGCUUGGGCUGUGCCGAUCAACUGUGAGGCUAGGGUUCGACGGGUGCGGGUGGCGGCGUGGCUCGGGCAGACGGUCAUUGGGGAGGCGAUGCUGAUUAGGUCAUCCUUUCCUCCUCUGCCUUUUGUCUCAUCCCACGCGCCACACAUUGACCACCAACGCGAUCUCGGCAUCCACGGUGUCGCCCCUUUAAAAACCCCAGCUCAUCCCCGCCACUUCCAUCGCCACACAGGUGUCGAGCUCCCAAGGCCCAGCUCCGUCCCCGGCACAGAACAGAGAACGAGGAGAGACUACGGCGUUGGCAAUGUCGUCACUAUCGACGUGCCCCUGUCCCCGAACGCCGUGCUCCCGGGUUCGCCAAGCGGAGGUCGUCAUCAGGGAGCGGCGGAGGGAGCCGGGUUUCCGCGGUGCAGACGGGCCGCGGAGGCGUGGGCGUUCGCGAGGGAGGACGCGAACCGGGUGGCCUUCGCCUUCAAGGUCGGCCUCGCGAUGCUGCUGGUGUCGCUGCUGGUCCUCGUCGGGGAGCCCCUCCGGCUGUUCGGCACCAACAUCAUCUGGUCCAUCCUCACCGUGGCCAUCAUGUUCGAGUACACCGUCGGUGCCACGUUGAACAGAGGCUUUAACCGGGCUGUCGGGAGCGUGAUAGCCGAGGUGGUCGCUAUCAUGGUUAUCCGGGUAGCGCUCAGCAGUGGUAGUGUGGCCGAGCCGUACAUCAUUGGCCUAGGCAUUUUUGUAGUUGGGGCCGCGACGUCGUUCAUGAAGCAGCUGCCGGCGCUGGCGCCUUACGAGCACGGCUUCCGGGUCAUCCUCUUCCCCUACUGCCUCAUCAUCGUGUCGGGCUACCGCAUGGGCAACCCCAUCGCCACCGCGCUCGACCGCCUCUACUCCAUCGCCAUCGGCGGCGUCCUCGCUCUCCUCGUCAACGUCCUCGUCUUCCCGGCGUGGGCGGGCGAGCAGCUCCACCGGGAGCUCGUCGACAGCUUCGUCCGCGUCCUGGGCAGCGACAUCGACGGCACGGAGGAGCCGAACGGCUGCAGUCUCGAGCGCGCGUGUUCCUACCACGAGAGCACGCUGCGGCGACAGCAGAGGCGGCUUCGGUCGUGGCCGUCCCGGGAGGUGGACGAGCUGGAGGGCCACGACGCGGCAAUGGGCGGCGUGGCGAGCAGGCUGCGCGCGCUGGAGAGCACGGCGGCGCUGUCGGUGGCCACGUUCGCGUCGCUACUCAUUGAGUGCGUGGCGCGGCUGGACCACCUGGUGGACGCCGUUGACGAGCUUUCCAAGCUCGCCAAGUUCUGGGAGGAAGCCGGCGGCUUGUCUAGUUAA